CGUAAGCUUUUAAGUUUUAAAUUGCGAUUUUGACUGCAUUGGGCAGGAGGUGUUCGCGUUGGCCCAGACCACCUUACGGAUGAUUUCAGCCUAUCAUCCGCAGACCGAUGGUCAGACGGAGGUGGUUAACCACUACUUGGAGCAGUACUUGCGCUGCUUUGCCCACCAGCAGCCGCGACGUUGGUUGGCCCUGUUGCCAUGGGCUGAGCUAUGGUAUAACUCUACUUACCAUAGAGCGAUCCAGAUGACACCAUUAGAGGCUCUGUAUGGGAGGCCGCCACCCUCCAUGGUACGCUAUCAGAGUGGCACCAGUCUGGUGGACGCAGUGGAUCGGUGGCCAGGAGCUCGGGAUGAGGCUUUGGAGCAGCUCAAGGCCAAUUUGGCGACGGCCAACAACAAGAUGAAGCAAUUGGCCGAUGCAGGACGCCGCGAGGAGGAGUUCGAGGUUGGCGAUUGGGUUCUGCUUCGAUUACAUCUAUACAGACAGGCUUCCGUCUUUCACUGGGCAUACCAGAAGUUGGCGGCUCGAUACUUUCACUAUAAGGUACUACAGAAGAUUAAUCUGGUGGAAUAUCGUCUCCAGCUGCCAGCUGAUGCGCGUAUCCACUCUACUUUCCACGUGUCUCUACUGAAGAGAUACAGGGGAGCGGCUGAUCGGGUGGAGACGACUGCACCACCGGUCUCAGCGGAUGGUGAUCUUGAGUUGACUCCUUUGCAGGUCCUAGAUACCAGAUGGAUGAAGAAAGGCGGGCGCUUGAUCGAGGAGAGUUUGGUUAUGUGGCAGCAUAUGGAGAAAGAGGAUGUUACUUGGGAGGAGACAGCGACCCUCCGGCAGCAUUUCCUGACAUUCGACCUUGAGGGCAAUGUCGUUUCUGAUGGGGAAGGGGAUGAUAGAAACCAUCGCCGAGAGGGGGUGAACGGGUAGGGUUGGGUCGACCGCUUGGGCCGGGUUUUAAUGGUUGUUUUAUUAUUUCCUGUUAGUUCUCUGAAACUCAUAAAAAGGGGGUUCAGUACGUUCAUUUGGAAUUAAGCAAUAAGAAUAUC